AUGAACUCAACCCUGCUCCCAGAGUUCCUCAGUGACCUGCCAGCAUGUGCAGCUCGAUGCUUCGAAGCCGCAAUAAAUGCCAGCUCGUGCGCAACGACAGAUCGAUGGUGCAUUUGUACCGGGGAAAGCAUCUUGGACACGGCACUAGGGUGCUACAGUCUAUCUUGCACCCCGAAGCAGAACCUAUUUUCGACAAAUUACACUCGUGCAGCCUGUGGGAUCCAUGAAGAGAGUAAGGCCAGCUUGACGCCUGCACUGGCCGGCUCACUGGGCAUGCUGGCCUUCAUCAUGACCUGCCUGCGCAUGGCUCAACGAACCAUGAUGAAGCGAUCAUUUGGCUGGGACGAUGGGCUGAUAUUGAUGGCUAUGCCAGUGCAAAAACACGGCCUCGGGACCAACAUCUGGACAAUCCCUUUCGAAGACAUUACUACCCAGCUCAAACUGCUUCUCAUCGCCGAGAUCUUUUACAUGCCCGCCGAAGCCUUGACCCAGUUAUCCUUCCUAGCCUUUUAUCUCCGCAUCUUCCCUCCCGGCAAUUUCCGAUACAUUGUUUACACCCUCGCUGGCAUCUCCAUCUGCUUCGGCAUCUCCAACACCUUGAUCAUGAUCUUCCAAUGCCUUCCAGUCUCCUACUUCUGGAACAGCUGGUCCGGGGAGGCAACAGGCCACUGCAUUGACAUCAACACCUACUCGUGGUAUCGUGCCGCCAUGCAAAUUGCGAUGGACCUGUCCAUCAUCGCACUGCCUAUCUACCCACUGUCAAAGCUCGCGUUGAGCCGCCGCAAGAAGACGCUUGUCUUGCUGAUGUUCUGCACGGGGUUCUUGAUCACCGUCGUCAGCUGCCUCCGCCUCCAAUCCCUCAUCCGCUUCUCCAAAUCCGCCAAUAUCAGCAUGGACAACAAUCCCGCCAUCUACUGGAGCAUGGUGGAGUGCGACGUCGCGAUCGUGUGCGCUUGUAUGCCCUGUCUGCCUGCACUACUGAAGCCCCUCCUCCCCGCGUGCUUUGGAUCCCGGUAUUAUGCCAGCUCGGAUAACGAGCGAACCCCACCGGUCAAGUUGGAGCGGAUCCGCCGGAAGGAUGAGUUUAGUGUUCUGUCGACGGCGGUGUCGGAGGACGCGUUGAUGGCUAGUCGGGGGUGA